UCUGACCAGUAUCGCAUCAUUGUUGACAAUUUAACUGGCACGCGAAUACCAGUUAGCAUAACAUUCAAGAUGGCAGCGCCCAGAAGGGUCGACUUUGGCGGAAUGGGGGACGAAAUGGAUGAAAGAAAAAUGAUGGAAGAAGAAAUGAGCAGGUUUGAACAGGAGAUCCAGACAGGCCAAGACGAUGACGACGAUGAUGGGCAGGGUUCUUACUCCCCAGGCCCUCCCCUGGUUCCUCCGGGAAUCCCCCAGGCCCUGUCAGUCCUGGGAACGCCCAACCCGAACCUCAUGAACCUCCGCUUCCCUGCUCCCCCGCCGUCCAUCACGGCCCCGCCUGGCCCCCCGGGGCCGUUGACAACUACAUCCAACCGUGUCCCAGAGACGCCAAGUUUCCAUCAGCAGGUCCCGAGCGGAGCGCUGGUGAGGCUAGCCGGGCUAGCCCCGCCCCCACCCCCAGGAACCAUACCUCCCCCCACGACGACCCCACUGGAGCCACCGAGCUCCUUCCAACAGCCCAUGAGCUCUGAGGGUCAUAGGUUACCAGCCCCUGGUCAGAUGACGUCGCAGCCAUUUCCACCAGGUGUUCAACAAGUUUCCAUUGAGGCACCGCCUAUGGCACCCAGGCCUGCGUUUGUACCCCAUCAGGUGAGAGCGCGCCCCCCUGUUCCCAUACAUCGCCCCCCUGCUGACCCCAUGCAUCGCCCCCCUGCCGACCCCAUGCAGCACCGGGCACCAGCGUUUUUGAACUCCGUGCCGAGACACCGGGGACCCAUGAAUUUCCCCCCAGGACCUCAUCCACCAGGAGGGCCCCGGCCCCCUGUUGGCCCCAUGAUGCCCCCACGCUUUCCCAUGAUGCACCCACGGCCCAUGGGAAUGAUGCAGCAUUCACCUGUGGUCAUACAAGCCAAGCCCACCACCUACUCGGCCAAACCGGUCAAGUUUAGCGAGACCAAAAAGGAAGAAAUGACAAAGGAGGCAUCUGGAGACACUAAAGCGGAGACUGUGACGACUACGCAACCAGGCUUCAAUGUGCAAACUCCUGCGUACACCCAGCCAGCUGCUUUCUCUCAACCCACUGCACACAACCAGGCCCCUGGCAUGUAUGGUGCAGCAGCAGCAGCAGCAGCAGCAGCAGCACAGCCUGCAGCAGUAGACUACAACACCAUGGCACAACAUCAGCAACAGCAGUUUUCCGACGGUGCCCCGGGGACCUCCAAUCCCGAGCAAAAGAAGAAGGAAAAGAAGAAGAAAUUUGUUCGGACGGCAGCGAGCACCGUUUGGGAGGAUGACAGCCUUGCAGAAUGGGACCCAAAUGACUUCCGGAUAUUCUGUGGCGACUUGGGAAACGAAGUCACGGACGAUCUGCUGACCAAAGUCUUUGGCAGAUACCCAUCAUUCACCAAAGCCAAGGUUGUGCGAGAUAAACGGACAAGCAAGACUAAAGGUUACGGCUUUGUCAGUUUCAAGGAUCCAAAUGACUUUGUACAGGCAAUGCGUGAAUGGAAUGGGAAAUACGUGGGCAACCGACCCAUCAAACUGAGGAAGAGCUCAUGGAAAGAUCGCAACAUAGAUACCUACAAGAAGAAGCAGAAGGAAAAACAGAGACUCGGACUCAGAUGAUCAACAUGCACUAGUAUCAACUCCAUGCAUAGUGUCGCACUUGUACUUUACCACUGUUUUCUAUGGUUCCUAAAAUUAAACACUUUCCCAUAGACUAGGAUACGCCAAUGUAAAUGCGAGGAUAUGGUAAAACACAAAGGAAUGGAACUUGAAACUUCCGUUUGUGGACAACAUUGAAAUUUGUUGUUCUCUCUUUGCUUUGUUGUCCUAGAAACAGUAAAAAUUCAAAAAAUCCCUCAGUGGUUAAAAUUAGGCUUGGACUAUAUAUAUGUAUUUCAUUCAUGAAUACCUAAGACAGUUUGCCUGUUCCUAUUUAUCGACAGCCCGACAUGUGGAUGACCGCUGAUAAUAAACACCUGCUGGUUUGAAACAAUUCAUGCACUGCUGCGUUCUGCGCCACAUUGCGCAGUACACAAAAUCUCCACUAAAGCAGAUUUUUAGCACUACGUGCGCGAGGCACAUACCAUAGACAUGGCCAGAUGGGUGUUUCACAAAACAUGGGAUAGAAUUGUUGAACAUAAUCGUUGGAAUAUUGUGAAUUUCUGACUUGUUUUGACUUCUUGACCAAAAUGUUUUUAUGAACAGGAAUAAAUAUGUGCUUGGCCGGUAUUAAACAAGUACGUUUAAACUGGCUAGGGGCCUGGACGUGGAUAAUGGCCCACGCCGAAUGCAUCCAGGCCUCCAGCUGGUUUUAAAUGUAUUUGUUUUAUACCCGCCAAGCACAUAUUUGUUCCUUUUAAUACCAUACACUGACAAUACCUUUUGAUAGUGAACAAUACUGAAUGAUGAUGUCAGUACACCGAAAUACUGAGUACCUCGGUAUGGAAUUUCAUUACUGCCAUUUUCCCUCUUAAAUAUGGCAAGAUUUCUGCAAAAGCUCUUAAAAAAGGUGAUACAAACAACUUGGGUAGAUGUGAACUAUAUGGGUAGCUGUUUUAAUUGUCAAAACUUGUGCAUAUACUAAUCAUCCAGCAGGCAUUUGAAGUUUGGCCCAUGCUGCCUGUUUGCAGUUUCCCCUACACCGCAUUUUUUUUUGUAUUCAGUUGAUGAUUGACUAUGGACACAUUUUGCCAAAAUUGUUAUGACAAAGUUCUGCUCUUCACAAAAUGUGUUCUCGUUGCUUUUCGGAAGAUGCAUACAACUGAAACGGUUUAAACUUGAACUGACAUCCUUCGGGUUAAGUCAGCACUUGUGUAUUUACAUUUGAAUAUGAACCCUGGCGUUCUCUUUCUGAAAAAAAAAACCACACCAAAAGCAACGUGGAUUGUUGGCUGGAAGCUGUUGCUUGUGACACAAAUUUACAGCGGUUCGUUGCUCAUUUCAAAAUCGUUCUUGAAGCUGGAUUGUACAUAGGUGGUUAAUAAAGUUCGUUUACAUAAAU